AGCGCUGAGUCUUCAGCAGCAGGAGGAGAGAGAGGAGCUCGAUUCAGCUGUUUGUGGCCGAAGAUGGCGGAGUGUGGACGUGUUCAGCAGCAGCUGCUCCUCUUGUCUCUCUGGCUUCUCACCGUACAGGCUCUUAAACCUCUUCCAGGUUUCGGGAAUGUCCGUCCUCCGGCUGCAGCUAUGCACCAGCAGUUCAGAGCCGCGCUACCGAAUCCCGGGAAUAACGCCGCCGCCCCCGCCGCGUCCUCCGGUUCUCAGUCUAGAAGAACCACCGGCUGGAAGCUGGCAGAAGAACAGGCCUGCCGGGACGACGUGACCCGGCUGUGUCCAAAACACACCUGGACAAAUAACCUGUCUGUGCUGGAAUGCCUGCAGGACAAGAAGGAGGACACCGAGAUUGCUGCAGACUGCAACCAUCUGUUGUGGAACUACAAGUUGAAUUUGACCACAGAUCCGAAGUUUGAGUCCGUGGCGCUGGAAGUGUGUACGAGCACCAUGUUAGAGCUGAAGGAGUGUGCAGAUGAGGAGCGGGGGAAAGGCUAUCUGAUGCCCUGCCUGGUGGACCACCGUGCCAACAUCACAGAACGCCAGUGUCAUCAGUACAUCACCAAGAUGACCAGCAUCAUCUUCAGCGACUAUCGGCUCAUCUGCGGCUUUAUGGACAAAUGCAGAGAAGACAUCAACACCCUGCAGUGUGGAAGCAUCGCUGUCGGAGAAAAAGACCCCCAUUCCCAGGGUGAGGUGAUUGCGUGCCUGGAGAGGGCGCUGGUCAGGGAGGCAGAGCAGAAGGAUAAUCAAAUCAAGGACGAGUGCAAAAAGGCCAUCAUGCGAGUGGCCGAACUGUCAGCAGACGACUUCCACCUCGACCGCUACCUCUACUUCUCCUGCCGAGACGACCGGGAGCGCUUUUGUGAAAAUACCCAGGUGGGAGAGGGCAGAGUGUACAAAUGCCUGUUCAACCAUAAAUUUGAGGAAGCAAUGUCGGAAAAGUGCAGAAACGCCCUGACCACUCGGCAAAAGCUCAUUGCUCAAGAUUAUAAAGUCAGUUACUCCCUCGCAAAGGCCUGUAAGGCCGACGUACGCAAAUAUCAUUGUAACCCAGACACCAGCAUGCCUCGCGCCCGAGAGGCCAGGCUCUCCUUCCUCCUCCUCUGCCUGGAGUCUGCUGUUCACAGAGAGGAAGAAAGAUGA